AUGGUGCUCAUGGAGAGCUACUUCUUUUGUGCUUCGGUGCGACUGGGUGUCCUGGUCACUUGCAUUGCAGCCACCAUAAAAAACACCAUCUUCAUGUGGCUGAUAUUCGCCGACGGAACAUCUUUCCUGUUCUUCUUCAUCAACGUUCUGGAAACCCAUUAUAGAACCAGCAUGAUUGUUAAGGAGUCCGUCACCUGGGUGGAACAUUAUUCCAAGGAGCUCAUGAUGUUCAUUCAACUCUACAGCUUUUGCCACAUUGCAACUUGUGUUUCGGCGGCUUAUGGUGCAUAUAAGCUCAAGAAAUACCACGUUAUACCUUUGGCUAUCUUCGAGUUCAUUUACACAGUCCAGGUGGUUGUACUCGUAAUUAUAACGCUUCGGAUUGCCAGACACAUUGUGCCAUUGGCCACCUUAAUUCUGAUGACCCUUGCCCUUUCAUUUUACGCAAUGCUUGUGGCCUAUGACACAUUGGCGUUGAUUGCCUUCGUGCAAAUAAUGUUCCUGGUGCGGAGUCAACGAUAUAUACGACUUUACGGUCCAGAUCCUUUGAAUCCUGUAACAAACGGAGUGCAACCCAAUCACAUGGCAUCUAGAAAUCCGAUCUCACAACAGCCAAUAAUUAUUUACGUAAUGCCCAAAGCGGGGCAAAAAUUAUGGGAUGUGCCACAAUCGAAGUGGUGGCAGGAUGAAAAAACUGAUGUCAAAGUUCCACAAAAAGCAAAUUAUGAAGAGUCCUCUGAAUUUUUUCAGCGGCAGGAGCUGCUGUCAAAAGUGUUACUACGAAAUGCCAUCAAAGAAGACUAUCUGCACAAGGAAAGAGUUGCAAUCUAA